AUGGCCGGUCUUAUCACAAAUGCCGCAUUUUCGUGUUUGUGCUGCCUUCGGUUGUGCCCUUGCCCCUCCUCCUUGCGGACGUCCUUCGGUAGCACCUGUUAUUCUCCGUUCACGUGGCCUGCCCUUUGGAUUGAGGAUUGGCGGCUCAUGGAAGUCGUCGUUUUCAGCCUCGCGUCGACGCGAGGCGCUGUAUUUUAUGUCGCCCCCAACAGUCGGCAGUCAAGUCGAAAUGUCUACAUCACUGGUAUCAUGCUCAACAGGCCAUGCUUUGCUUUCUCACAGCUCAUCAACUUAGGAGGUGGAUGGAAGGCACAUGAUUUGGGCAGCUACAGCAUUCUGGCAAAACAUCAUGAGGUGACUGACAUAAUCUAUAUUUUGUCUUUCACACUGUCAAGCUUACUGCCAGAGCUGAUGCAGUCAUUGACAGAUGCUACGUGUGGCCUCAGCCCAAAAACAACCAACAUCAGUCCUCCAGCUCCCAAUGCUCCAGGUCCUGACCCCCUCACCUUGAUCGCCCCCUUUGUAAUCAAAGCCUUAGUUGCAGUCUACCCCUCUCUCCUCACCAUCGCAGUUGAGGCAGCCCUGGCUAUAUGCGCAGCCAUGGGUGCAAUUCCUCACACACCACCAUCAACAACCUAUCUCCUCACCAAUGCCCAUCCAGCAAGGAUGUCAGCCAUCAUUGCCAUGAUCAUCCUGCUGCGCCUCCUCAGAAAACACAUACUGGCGUGUCUGAAGGGAGGUGACUUCAUCACAGGUCGAGUCCAGAUGGCAAUGCUGAUCGUUCACCACACCUGCUUCCACUCCUCUCUUCCCUUCAACUCAACACUAUGUCUUUUUCGGACUUUGUCUUAG